AUGACAGCGGCCGUGAAGAAGAAGGCACAGACAAAGUUCCGGAACCGGAAAGUCAAAUUUGACGAAACCGUGCAGCGUGUGGUUUACGUCGGUGCCCUUGACCUGGCCCCUGCUUCACGGCCUCUUCGUUGCGGUGCGCAGGUGAAGAUGAAGCUGUACUCAGAUAGCAAGGGUGUCGGUGGCGAGGAGGUGGAGGUGACCGCAGAACCGCCGGAAGUCCCCGUGGACGCGGAUGCACCGGAAGCCACAGCCCCCGAAGAAGAUAGCGAGGAUCGGGAUCGAAGGCCGCGGUACAUGCGAAGCUUUGAGACCAAGGUCGCGGAGGAGGAGCGGCAGGUCUUGGAAGGCUGCCACGAGGGCGAGGUCGUGCGUCGUGCGAAAACCUACGCUUGGGUUCGGCCGCUCGAGCCAGCAAAAUUUCCUGAGGAAGCCCGCAUGAAGCUCCAGGAGAUGUGUGAAGGGUUCCGGAAGAAGGCAGAGGACGGCGGACAUGGCAAGCCCUUCUGCGGAGGCAUUGAAGAAGAUGUCGUGUACGUGGCCAACCCUGACCUUGUAUCGAAGGGGACCAUCUUAAGCGUGGGCAUGAAGGUUAGCUUCAAGCUGUAUAUCGACAACAAGGGUGUGGGGGGAUACGACGUGCACGCGAGCGAGGAGCACAUUGAGAAGAUGCUGGAAGCGAUCCGCAAAAACUUCGAGACAGAGGAGGGACGCGCAAAGUCACUUCAAUUGCGCGAUGCUUUCGGCGAGGGCCCCGACAGUUUCAAGGAUGUGCUAUGGGUAGGUGAGUGCACUCAUUCCUUCUCGCUGGCCGCAGGCCGACUAGCUGGGGUCAUCCCUUUUGCAGAGGAGACUCAACAUCCCUUCAGCCUGAACAAGGCGUGGUGUUCAACCGAGCUGAGAUGGCCAAGAACCCUCGAGAAAAAGCUUGAGCUGGAUUUGGUCGAGAAUCUCAAGCUUUUGCGAUCCAAGGGCGUCUGGUGUGCAGAUGAAGUCAAUGGUGUGAAGCUCCAACAGACGUUGGAGAAAGCCAAAUGCCCUCACAACAGCUUCGACACGAUCUUCUGGAUGAUGCCCUAUGUUCCGGACAGGCAAUGGCGUCCACCCGCCAGUAUCUCCACAAUGAUGUAUUACUAUAUCCAAGCCUUUCUGGAGAGCGCAGCCCAUGUUUGCACAGAAAAUGGACAGCUAGUUGUUGUAGUGACGUCAGCUCAGUGCUUGAGCUGGAACCUCUACAACUGCAAGCCAAAAUGGCAGGACCGAGAAUUGCAGCCGGAGGUGUGGUGGUUUGAUGUGGCUCCAUUUGAAAAGCACGGCUACCAGUCCCGGUUUGGGGACGGUCGUGAUCGCUACGUGGACUACCCCGUUUUUCACAGGCUCUGCGACACAGUGGCCGUGUGCUGGAAAAUGAAUUCGAGCGCACCUCCAGAGGGUGCAGAGGUGGAGGUCCGAGGAGUCUCAGAAGACGACAUUGCGGCGCGCAAGAAGCUCCUGGAGGAAGUUGGCAAAGAUCCCAGCUAG